AUGGUGGAGAACAUAUACCUUGUCCAAGAACUUGUGAGGAAAUAUGCUAAAAAAAGGGUGUCUCCCAUAUGCAAGUUGAAAAUAGAUCUCAAGAAAGCUUAUGAUUCAGUGUCUUGGAAGUUUUUGAAUGAGAUGUUGGUACAACUUAAUUUUCCUCAGGCCAUGGCCAAUUUGAUCAUGGAAUGUGUGUCUGCUACAUCCUACUUUAUCUCUUUGAAUGGAGGCUACUUUGGGUUCUUUGAAGGGAGGAAAGGGCUUAGACCAGGGGAUCCCCUUUCCGCUCUGCUCUUUGUGAUCUACUUAGAGUACCUUUCUAGGCUUUUGAAAUCUCUUGAGGAAAAUUCAAAUUUUAAUUUUCAUCCAAGAUGUGAACAUCUUAAAAUCACCCACCUUGCUUUUGCAGAUGAUUUGAUUACGUUCUCAAGAGGGGAUUUUAAUUUAGUAAAGCUUCUUCUGGAUUGCCUUGGUAACUUUACUCAGUGUUCAGGGUUAAUUGCUAACUGCCUUAAAUCCAACUUGUUUUCAGCUGGUGUGAAAAAUAAAGACUUGGAUGGGAUUAAAAGAAUUACAAAGUUCAAUGAAGGGGAAUUUCCUUUUCGUUACUUGGGGAUACCUCUGGCAGCUUUAAGAUUGAAUUUCAUGCAUUAUUCACCUAUGAUUAACAAGAUCACUAGCCUGCUUAAUGGAUAG